CUUUGCCCGACUUCCUGUGAAAACAAGCACAUGUGGCGACUCAAUGGGUGUGCUUCUGCAUGCACAGAAGUGGCGCUAAAGUAGUGUUUUUGUUGCUAAUUGUUGUUUGCGGAGACAUUAAACGAGCACUGUUGUGUACACGAGUGGUCCAUCAUGAGUUUCGUGGAGUACUCUGACAUCAUCCAGGACGGCGACGUGGCCAUCGUGUACCUGGGCCACGACUCCAUGACGCCCAUCAAGGUGCAGCAUGGUGCCCAGACGCAGACACGCUACGGCGCCAUUCGCCACUCCACGGACCUGAUAGGCCAGCGCUACGGGUUGAAGGUCACGUGCACCAAAGGCGGUUGGGUCCACGUGCUCCACCCGACGCCCGAGCUGUGGACCGUCACGCUGCCACACCGCACGCAGAUCCUCUACACUACUGAUAUCGCCGCCAUCACCAUGAUGCUGGAGCUCAAGCCCGGCUCGGUCGUGUGUGAGUCAGGCACGGGCAGCGGCUCGCUCUCCCACGCCAUCCUGCGUACCGUGGCGCCAACAGGCUACCUGCACACGGUAGAGUUCCACCAGCAGCGCGCCGAGAAGGUGGCAGAGGAGUUCCGGGAGCACCGCGUGGACCACCUGGUCACCGUGCGCAACCAGGACGUGUGCAAGGACGGCUUCGGCGUGACCGGUGUUGCUGAUGCCGUCUUCCUGGACAUCCCCAGCCCCUGGGAGGCGGUGGGCCACGCCAAGGCAGCCAUGAAGAAGCACGGAGGCCGCGUGUGCUCCUUCUCGCCAUGCAUCGAGCAGGUCCAGAGGACGUGCGAGGCGCUGGUGAAGCACGGCUUCCAGGAGAUCAGCACCAUGGAGGUCCUGCUGAGGACCCACGACGUACGCACUGUCUCGCUGCCGAUGCCUGACUUUGGUCCCCACGACACCGCCCAAGAGAAGGAGACCCCUCCCAAUCAGACCGUCUUCAUGCUGAAGACCACCACACCGCCCCGGGAGAUCCCCGGUCACACGGGGUACUUGACCUUUGCCACCAAACCUAGAACCUAGAGUCUGGAAGGGGGCGUGGCUUGUGGCGAUCACAUCAAAACUGCUAAUUUGUUUUUUUAUUUGUUGCUUGCAUCAAGCAAACAUCCAAUUAGAACAUAUUUGAGUUUUAUGAAUCAGGAAGUUUUGUGUUCACAUCAAAACAAUAAACUGAAGUUUUUCA